UGUGAAAGUAAUUAAAAAAAUAUACCCCAGUCAUUUGAAAGUCACAAAAUGGAUAGCUCGCUUUCAACCGUGUUAAUCCUGCAUGGCGCCGAUUUAACGUACAAGGGUCAUGAGUAUUGAAUGUCUUCCAGACAAAGUAUAAAUUCUGGGGGCCCAACCCCUCCGAGGGAUCGUAAAGUGGAUUAUGACAACAUCUUAAACGCUUCUGACAACAUCAAUAGCAUAAGAUAUUAUUGAAGCCUCUGUAUACUCGUUCCACGACACCAUUCUAUCCACCGGCAUAAUCACUAUAUCACGUUCGGUUACCAUGGCCACGGCACCACCAUCAAACCCGAUCCUUUUCUAUGAUAUCGCCUCCGGUCCUCCUGUUCACCCAUACGCACCUAACCCAUGGAAAGCCCGAUAUGCUCUAAACUUCAAGCGCGCGAACUUCGUCACAGAAUGGGUCGACCUCGCCGACGUAACUUCAACCCGCAAAAGUUUAGGCGCAGAGCCUGUGCGCUUCUUCAGUGACGGAGAGCCAUUCUACACACUCCCGGCCAUCAAAGACAAAUCCAGCGACACAGUGGUGGGGGAUUCGUUUGACAUCGCCGUGUACUUGGACAAGAAACACCCCAGCGGUCCUUUAUUGUUUCGCCACUCAAUCGGCUUAUACGCGGCGUUCAACACUCAUAUCGACUCCAUCUUCCCCACUGCCGCACCUCUGUGCUCCCAGAGCAUGCCGUUCAAUCCGGAGACUGCGGAGCAGUGCAAGGCUGAGUUCUGCAGGCGGAUUGGUGUGAAGACCUGGGAUGAGCUUAUUGUGCGCGGGGAGGACAGGAGGAAGAUCUUGAGUGCGUUUCAGGUCGCCCUGGGGGACGUAGCGAAGUACUUUCGGUUUUCCGACGGUCCUUUUAUUGGAGGCAAAGAGGCCGACUAUGCCGACAUAAUUAUUGGUGGCUGGUUGAUGUUCCUGAGCCAGACCGUGCCCGAGUGGGAGGAGAUUCGCACGUGGCAUGGUGGGCUUUGGGGUAAGCUGCAUGAUGGUUUGGAACCGUAUAGAGGAACAUGGUAAUAUUCAGGGAUGUAGCGCCUGUUGGUUUUGAACAUCGAUGGUUGAAGCAUUGGACGAACAAUUUCGAGUGAAGAUUGAUUACAGUCACUACCUUAUAAUUGUUUAUCCAUAUACCAUCUACACCAGAUGCCAAUCCAAUUCUCGGAUUUAGACAAAUAAAUACCAUUAGUAACUGAUCAGCGG